AUGGAUUCCUCUGAUUUUCCACAAAUUUUCGUCAACCCAGGCGGCUACGUUACGACCAUCCUGCGAGGGGGAAUCGAAAUCGACCUUACACUAAACAGUGGCAUGCGAAUGUUACAUAACCGUGGGCGUUCGUUGGCAGUCAGCGAUAGUGGUACCGAAAGCUGUAUCAUACAUAGCGAUAUGCGGGCCAUUCAAGCAGGUGGAUUUGUGGAUGCCACGUUCUACGGGAAUAGAGCAGCGUGCUUCAGCGGCACGUGGAUAGCGUUUGGGAGAAUCGAUUAUCGCGAAUCGUACCUAUUGAAUUCAGAGUGGCACAUGGAGUCUCUUGCAAACAUUCGUACACGCUGGCGUUUUCCGACUCUGCGUUACGACCUCACUCAAACCGUCUUCAAUUCUCCCGCUACUGUCAGUCACUUGCUGCUGCAACAGUGUCGUCAGAUGAUCGACAACGGCAGGUCUGUGGCAUCGGCCGAUGGACGGUCGCAUGAGAUCGAAAUUGGCGAGGUGCAGAUCACUCAAGACUACGAACACAAUGUCGUUUUAACCGUGAAUAAGGCAAACGACGCGAGGCUCGAAAUUCAGAUCACAGAACAAACAGCUCAGCUAAAGACCAAUAAUAUUGAAAUGGGAGUAAUGGUAGGUGGCGUUUAUCAUUUAUUCCAACCCAGUUUCGUAGCCCUGGCAUUUUAA